AUGUUGAAACGAAAACCCUCUAAUGCCUAUGGAGCCAUCGCGCUUUUCUUCUCUCUCAUAUCUCUUCUUCUCACCCUGAUCGUGGUCCUUUCCGGAGUGGGUGGACAUGUAUUGGCGGAAUACUUAACGAUCAAUACAGAAGACCUUAACGUCCCAUCAAGACUAGGCACAUCAUCGCUCCUGAAAGACUUGUCGUCGAUAGGAGGUCAAGACUGGAUUGGAUCAGACACAGAUGCCAAAUCAUUAGGUCUUGCACCUAGCUACAGCCUUAACCUCUUAACGGCAUGUUCUGAAGAUGACGGAUCGACUACAUGCGAGACGCCUAAAAUCGGGUUUAAAUUCGACCCUAGCUCAGAUCUUCGCUUAGAAGGCGUAUCAACCUUCUCCUCGGCGUAUUCCGACGAGCUUCAGUCAUACGGGAAAACCUCAACGUUUCUUGGCGCUGGAUACAUCGUCGGUGCUCUCUUUACGGCCUUGACAUGUCUCUCUAUCAUCGCAUCGUGUUUCCUCCCCAGCGCAGUCAUAUUCGGCCUAUUGACCUCGGGCUUGGCGUUUAUCUUCCUCCUUGCAUCGUCUAUUGUGACCGCUACAAGCUCGAACAAGCUGAAAUCCACAUUCAACGACGCGCUCGGGGAUUCUGGGGUUCACACUGAGACCAGCCCUAGGAUGAUAGGACUUGGAUUCGGAGCCGCGUUUGCAGUCGUGGUCGCACUUGUCCUGAUGUCCCUCCAGUUGAAAGCUUCGCGUUCUCAACGACAACAACAAGGUAGUUUCGAAGACAAGAACGGGUUUCCGGAGGACCUAGUACCGAAUUCCGGCCUAAUGAGAAGAGUAACCACCUGGAACCGCCACAAAUACAUGGAAGUCGAGAAACAGAAGCCCGUUCUCCACCGCGGCGCUUCCCCCGAAGACGACAGACGGGGCCUCAUCGCGACUGUGGAAGAUGACUUCUCACAUGACUACCCUAGCGAUCUCGCUACAGGGCCUGUGCAGAAGAAGUACAACCGCCAUAGCAGAAACCCGAGCGCCGCUUACGAUCCAUUUGCGAGUACGGCGUACGGAUCGCAAGUGAACACAACCUAUGAUCCGCAUAAGCCUCCCGUAUUCAUCUGA